AUGCCCCGCGCGGGAAUGACAGGGCCUAUUGCUACGAGAAUAAUUCGCAAGGCGCGGCCGUGCAGCAAGAGCGCCCUGCAACAUAAGGGAGAGAUUAAACAAGAACCGACCGAAUCUCCUUCUGGACAGGAGAGAGCUAUCUUGAUGCAAUUAGGAACUCAGAACGACGGCAAAGAGCGGCCACGGAGCAGAAUAAGUACGAACAGAGCGGCACCUGAGAACGAGCACCACGACUCCGUGAAGCUGAUCAAGUUCGCGGACGACACCACCCUCAUUGGACUCAUCUCCAACAACGAUGAGUCCGCCUACAGGAGGGAGGUGGACCGGCUGGUGUCCUGGUGCAGUGGUAACAACCUGGAGCUGAACGCCCAGAAGACAGUGGAGAUGAUUGUGGACUUCAGGAAGAGCACUGUCCCCCCGCCCCCACCCUCCGUGAUGGACUCCCCCAUCACCUCUGUGGAGUCCUUCCGUUUCCUGGGCACCACCAUCACCCAGGACCUCAAGUGGGAGCCGACCAUCAGCUCCCUCAUCAAGAAGGCCCAGCAGAGGAUGUACUUCCUGCGGCAGCUCAGGAAAGCCAAGCUGCCUGCACAGAUGUUGGUGCAGUUCUACACGGCCAUCAUCGAGUCCAUCCUCACCUCCUCCAUCACCGUGUGGUUCGCUGGAGCCACAGUCAGGGACAAACAGAGACUACAGCGCAUUGUGCGCUCUGCAGAGGAAGUGAUCGGCCGCAGCCUUCCAUCGCUGCAGGACCUAGAUGCCACCCAAGUCACAGAGCACCAGCCCCUCACUGAUCCUCUGCAGGCGGUGAGUCCACAGGAGGACGGCUGCUCUCUGGUGGACCACGGUCCAGAGGAGAGGGACGACCACGGUCCAGAGGAGAGGGACGACCACGGUCCAGAGGAGAGGGACGACCACGGUCCAGAGGAGAGGGACGACCACGGUCCAGAGGAGAGGGACGACCACGGUCCAGAGGAGAGGGACGACCACGGUCUAGAGGAGAGGGACGACCACGGUCCAGAGGAGAGGGACGACCACGGUCUAGAGGAGAGGGACGACCACGGUCCAGAGGAGAGGGACGACCACGGUCCAGAGGAGAGGGGACAACCACGGUCCAGAGGAGAGGGACGACCACGGUCUAGAGGAGAGGAACGACCACGGUCUAGAGGAGAGGGACGACCACGGUCCAGAGGAGAGGGACGACCACGGUCUAGAGGAGAGGGACGACCACGGUCUAGAGGAGAGGGACGACCACGGUCUAAAGGAGAGGGACGACCAUGGUCCAGACAAGUCGAUACAUGUUCCAUUUCCAACGGUCCAGAGGAGAGGUACGACCACGGUCCAGAGGAGAGGGACGACCACGGUCCAGAGGAGAGGGACGACCACGGUCCAGAGGAGAGGGACGACCACGGUCCAGAGGAGAGGGACGACCACGGUCCAGAGGAGAGGGACGACCACGGUCUAGAGGAGAGGGACGACCACGGUCCAGAGGAGAGGGACGACCACGGUCUAGAGGAGAGGGACGACCACGGUCCAGAGGAGAGGGACAACCACGGUCCAGAGGAGAGGGACGACCACGGUCUAGAGGAGAGGGACGACCACGGUCUAGAGGAGAGGGACGACCACGGUCUAGAGGAGAGGGACGACCACGGUCUAGAGGAGAGGGACGACCACGGUCCAGAGGAGAGGGACGACCACGGUCCAGAGGAGAGGGACGACCCCGGUCCAGAGGAGAGGGACGACCACGGUCUAGAGGAGAGGGACGACCACGGUCUAAAGGAGAGGGACGACCAUGGUCCAGACAAGUCGAUACAUGUUCCAUUUACCCUUGAUCCCGUGACCUCAUCAAAGCGGGACGGGGGAAAACAAGCGUCCCUCUUGAGGACAGCAGCCAUUCAUCACGCCAUCUUUGUCCCCGGUUUAGACGCUCCCGCCGCCACCCGCAAAUUGAUGUAA